AUGAGAAUGAGACUGUCAUACCAGCAGGUUACAAGAUCUUCUACAUUGAACGAAAACAUAAUAGCUCUUGCAAAAGCUUUGAAAAAAACAGAUGGAACUGAGAUUACCCAGAAAAACUCUACCGAAAUAGUCGAAAAUAAAAAAGAAAACUUGAAGGACAUUUCACCAACAUGGAUUGGGAUGCCUAGAUACGGUAAUCGUACGAUGUGUCCGAACGUGAGCGGAAUGACUGAUGAAGUGAGGAAAAGAUUCCUCGAUGCGCAUAAUCGUUACAGAUCGGCAUUAGCAAGAGGACUAGUAGAAUGGGGUAAUGGUACGAAAGUACCCGCAGCUGCAGAUAUGGUCAGACUUCGUUACAACUGCGAACUGGAAAUUUACGCAUUUUCUUAUGCUUCUACAUGCUCUAUGGAGUAUUCCGAUCUGGAGAGUAGGGUACAUACGGGAGAAAACGUUGGUACGGUUCUUGAGGAGAAUGCAGAUACAUUUGAGAAGGCCGUGAUCGUGGUACGUUUUAAGGAUGAGGCUUCAUGAAA